UUUUCAAGUGUUAAAAAUGAUUAUAGUAGCUUAUAUUGAAAAAACAGCAACAAUAGUUGAAAGACUACGAUCUGCUUGGUGUGUAGUGUUUUUUUGUCGACUAUGGUUUACCUGGAUUAAAUUUAAAACAUUUAAUUUAACACAAACCAGAAACAAUAAUAAAAGCAGAUAUUUUAUUACACAACCAGCAUAUUUAUCGGUUGAAAUAAAUGCUCAUAAUUUAUUAUAUUUAAUUUUACUUGUCAAACAAAAGCAGUUACCACCACAAGCAUUGAAUAUUCCUAUUUUUAACUCGCAAGCUUGUGAAUCAAUUUUUAGAAAUACACGAGCGUUAAGUGGAAUUUAUUCAACCAUAGUCAACUUUACAGUACAUGAUUUUCUACGACGUGCCCAAAGAUUAUCAUUAUUGAAUGACAUUAAAUGUAAACAGUUACAUAGUGGUUCAGUUGACAAGUUAGUCUUUCCGGUUCAUUAUAAACAUCGGGUUGAACGUCAAUCAUCAUUUACACACAGUCAACUUGAAAUUGAUGAAAUAGACAUCGAACGAGUUAUUACUGAUGCCUAUCAUCAUGCUGUUGAUAUGCUUGAAGGUCUAGAUAUAUUGAACUUAUUGGAAAAAAAAACAUGUUCUUGGAUUAAAACCAUUAACAAUAUAGACGAUGAAGUAUUUGAAAGUGACGAUGAUAAUGAUGAAGAUGGAGAUGACACAACAAAUGAUCUCAGCAUGAAUGAGGACAAUGAUGAUAGGUCUAUUAACAACGAUUACACUGAUGAAGAUGAACAAAAUAACACUCAAGAUUUAAUAAAUACUACAAAGAAAGACUUCUCUGGAGUAAAAGUUGCUGAUAAAGUGGAGCCUCAUAUUGAACAUACCUAUUUUAAAGUGAAAUUAAAUCAUGAUACAAAAUUUUUACACAAACAAACUGCUUGUUGGUUGUUAACAGAAGAGAAAAGUAAACUUUCAAAUGACCGAUUACUUCGCGUGCAACAGGUUAAUAAAUGA